AUGGCUCCAACCAAUCUACAGACUACUAACAGUUUGCGAAACAGACUGCGUCGCAAUAAUAUACCUAUGAAUCUCACAAUCGACACAAAGUCUGCCGCCAGCUUACAGCCGCCGAAGCAGCUCAAGCUACCUUUCUCCUCGCCCAUCAUCGAUGAGUCGUCCAGCCCGGAGAACUCGUCUCUCGCCAGCGGCUCCUCGGGCAGCGGUGAUCAUCCCAAGUCCAGAAUGGUCGGCAGGCUCAGCGGCAUUGAGGCUGGCACUUCGCUGAGCAAGAACGAUUUCGAGCGCGCUCUGUACACGGAUCUGAGGCAGCCGAAAGAGCAGCAGGAGAUGAUGCAGUGGUCCAGCUCUGAUGCCGUGGUUACGAAUAAUUAUAACAAUAAGCAAAACGGGAGACGGAAGAGUGGCGUUUCAAAGAGGAGCCAGCGGCCGACCGGCUUGCAGGUUGUCACCAAUUUCUCAAGAAACCAGUCUGUCAAGAAAGGAAGAGACGGGGAUAACGCGGGCGACCAAGUCGGUGGCCAACCGCUGCUCGAUUUGCACGGUUUGAAACAGAUUGUAUUGGCCCGUGAGAAGCAGAGAAUCAAGGCAAAACAAGAACAACGCGCUCCACGAACCAAGGCAUACAACGACCAAAAGGGUGCUGGAAACUACACGUCACCGCAGUCGCUUGAACCUGGCUCGGCCCCGAUGUCUGGACUGUCUCCAUCAGACGGUUCUGUAGUCAUCGGCCUGGGAAUGCCCUAUGAUGACUCAACAAAUGGAAGAAAAAACAACCUAGCGCGCGGUUUGGCUGUACAGAAUCUCCAGGCCCCGCCCACUCCUACAAUCCUAGUCACACCUGCAAAGGAAGAGUCAUCAUGGCCAUCCGAUAGCCCAGAUGCAGAGCUGCAUCGGCCACGUGUUGCCUCCAGCGUGUAUUCACAGCCGACUCCACGUAUUCUCGACGAAGACAUUCCCCCAGUUCCAGCUAUCCCAGACCUGCACUCUAUUGUGCGAAACAAAGAUGCCAAACGCAUCCUCACUGCUCAAAACACGCCAACCAUGCGAUCUGAGCGCCCGAUGUCUGCUGAUACUGUUUUUGAAGACGACUCACCAAAAGAUCGAUACGUAACCCAGCACACGCCCACAAUGGCCUCGAUAUUGAGUCCAGGUUUGGGUGAUGCCAACCGGCCUCAGUCACAAGGAUGGUGGACGUACUUGCUAUCUCCGCUACUGAAACGCUCCAGUACUACUUCUACGCGCAGGACGGGGUUUUCACCUCGUAGUAUUCCGCCACAGUCAGCAACCUCGUUCACCUUUAAGGACUCUACUACUCGGGGACUGAGCGAGAAGGAAACUUCUCAUUUCUCCCCCGACACCCCAGAAACCGGAGUUUAUCGAAACGUCGAUAUUUGGAGCAGCCUCGAGAAACAGGGUAUUGAUGAAUCAGAAAGAGGUCUUGGUCCUACCACAGAUGAUAUUACGACAGGAUUUAGGGCAGGGCAUGUCUUCCCUAAUCAACAUGUCGAACCAAACUUGGCGGGUCAUGGCCUUGCUGCCGAGUACUACCUGGCGAGCGCCCACGACUUGUCCAAUGAAGAGCCGUAUUUUGAGUGCAUUGGUCAUAUUUGCUCCAUGACAACUCAAAAACGCUGUGCCGAAAUCAUUAAAACGUUGCAAGACAGUGAAAACGAAGGCGCUGAAAAGUCAGCAGCAGACAUGAUGCCGGCAUCGUUUGCUAUCCUGGACCUUCUCGCGAAAAUGCAUGAUCCACUCAUGGCCGAGCUGGAGAAGCAGAAAGCUGUCGAGGAGAAUAAAAAGAGUACCGAGGACCCGUUCUCGGAUGUAAAUGAGAAGGCCCUGCCUACGGAGGAUACCAGAGACUUGAUUUCGCUCGACGAUGGGGAAGCAAGGACUCGUGUCGCGUCAGUCACCCCCAUGGCUCGGUCAACUCGUUCACCUAGCCCUCCGCCGGUUGUUGAGAAAGAGCCUGUGCAGGAACCGCCUCGUGCCAUGCCGGCUCCCAGAGAGCCAACUCCGGUUCCUAUGCCAGCUAUGCCAGCCCCUAGAGAGCCAACCCCAGUCCCUAUGCCAGCUCCCUCGCCAAUGCCUCCAGCCCAGAUAGCACCGGCUCCGAUGGCUCCAGCAAUGGCGCAACCAGUGCAAAUGCCCCAAAUGCCUCCUCCAGUGAUGCAACCCAUGGUUGUGUAUGCCCCGCCGAUGCCUACUCAGGUGCCUGCACAAAUGCCUGCUUAUAUUCCUCCGUCCAUCCCCCAACAGCCAAUGUUUCAAGAGCCAAUACGCCAAUCACCUCAACAGAGGACAAUGUCUCCCGUUGUGAGGAUGCCUUCACCGGAAGAAACUAUUACGAACGACACGAGAGAACCGGCUCCAAGAGGAAUACGUCCGCGAGGAAUGUCUCCUGUCAUGAGGAUGUCUUCGCCGGAAGAAACUACUACGAACGACACGAGAGGAAUACGUCCACGAGGAAUGACCCCACAAGAAACAACUUCACGACAAAUGUCUCCCGUCGCGAGGAUGCCUUCACCAGAAGAAAAUAUAGCGAGCUACACGAGGGAGCCGGCUCCGAGCGGACUGGCUCUGCAAGGAAUGGCCUCGCGAGCAAUGACUCCACAAGAAAUGACCUUACGAGGAAUAACUCCACGUGAAAUGGCCCCACGAGAAAUUUCUUCCUCGCCGGAAAUCGCCGUUACCCAAGAAAGAGCAAGAGAAAGAGUACAGCGCAUUCUACCUCCAGCUUCCACCCCGCCGCCUCCCCGUCGCCCGAGUCCCGCGGCCGUACGUGGAGGAAACCCAGCCGCACCUCUGGAGAGCUCCCGUAAUAUCUCCGAAGAAGACUCUGACAGCGAACCACCACCAUACUACACCCCACCAACGAGCAGGAACUCAUCCCGCUUGAGGUCAAACAACCUACAGUCAAACAACCUGCAGGUCGGCAAUACACGACCGCAGAGGGCUGUCUCUCCUGGCCCUAUCUCGCCGGGUAUGCAGCGUGAAAUGACUAGUCGGGGUGGAAUCCCCAUGUCUGAAGUUACACCUUUUCAAGAUGAAGGAGAUACACAAAGAGACAGAAUUAAUGGAGGUCAGAUACAAGACCAACACCACGGAACGUUUCCGACCGUUGGGGGUUACCUACGCGCUGAGGAGAAUAAUAAUCGUCGACGACGCUUACAAAAGGAAAACUCGUUCUGGAAGAGAGCCGGCGGGCUAUUGCCCGGCAGAGGAGGCACGUCGAAAAAAAAAAGGGACCGACGUUGGUACUGCGCCAUCAUUGUCUUUUGCAUUAUAGUGAUUAUCCUAUCGGUCAUUCUGGCUAUAUGCCUCACCCACAAGGGAGACUCCACUCCCGUUCAGUCUCAGUGGUUGAAUCUCACAGGGUAUCCUCCCAUGCCCACCGGUGUAAUGACAGUUGCAGGUCCAGACCCUGCUGUCGAGCGCAGCAGCUGCGUUGCCCCUUCACAGAUGUGGACAUGUGCCUUGCCAAAGGAACAACAAGAUAGUAACACCGGUUAUGCAUCCGAUCGGCCGAAUUUCAGGUUUGAGAUCAGCUUCCACAACGGAUCCUACCCGCACAGCACUACAGUGCGCUCGUCUGCGACAAAUUCAAAGAGGUCUUUGUUAUUGUUUGACAGAGACGACGCGGCGCCAUCUCCUACUCCGGCUGUGCCUCGUCUUGUCGAUCAAAAGUUUUUGGGGAAUACGACCGACAACGUGACUGCUCCGUUUGAAGGAGAGGAGACACCUUUUUUUAUCACCUUUUUAUCACCAGUGGAUACCUCCGACUACCAGUCUCUGGGAAAAAGGGACAUCCACGAUAAUAGCGAGAGUACCACUCUGUCACCAUCGACAACACGGUCUUCGUCUCCGAGUAAAACUAGCAGCACUGCUAGCUCUACCACAACAUCUGGCACCGGAACUUUUGCAGACAUCGGAAACCUGAUCCCUGCACCAGCCAUGGCAUCCGACGGCACUGCAUCGGCGGCCACACUGUACCCAUUGCCAGGCUCGCAGCCGAUCAAGCUGUACGACCGAGGCAAGCCAACCGAGCAUUAUGGCUUCUACACCUACUUUGACAAGAGCAUAUUCAUAGAAUCCAAGAUCCCCGUCACUGGUGACAACAAACUCAAGGACUCGGACUCCGAGGACUCCAACGGCGGAAGCACAAAGGAAAAGGCCAAUGUGCGCUGCACAUGGUCGCAAACACGGUUUUUGGUGCGUAUAUGGACGCAGCCUACAAACGUCACGAACAUGAGAAUCACGGCGUCUUCAUCGUCAAACAGCACUAAUGCAACCGCCACCACGACUGCGUCCGCGACGACUUCACUGUCAACUAUAUCUCCUACGUCGACUUCUUCAUUGUCGGCAAACAACUUUACUUCUCCGGGAUCUUUCCCGUAUCCUAUUACUCUCACUGUCGACCGACAUGGUGGCCUUGCUACCGAAAAGCUGAUCUACUGUUACUCCCUUGAGCAAGAGGGCUACUACAACUUGACAUCUCCCAAACUGGAAGAUGAAGACCGAUCCUCUGGCGGGAGUAUCAUUCAAGCCAGUCCAGGCUAUAUUGCCUUGGCCGAAGUCGUGCAACAGGGCAUCAAGGAGAAUCAGACUGAACCGGUGGACGGCGGUACCGGUGGUUGUGAGUGCGAAUGGAGAAACUGGAUUUCUCUAUCUUGA